UUCUGGGUUUUGCUUUUCAAUCCUCGAAUCGAAUUGGGUUAAUUUCAAUUUCAAAUUUUUGAUUUGAUCCAAUCUCUAAUUUCAAUUCUCUGAAAGCUCUGUUUCUGUCUUCGACUUUUCAAAACCUUUUCUGUCUCUGUAGAGUCCAGUACUAGGGCUGUUGGCAGUGGGUAGGGUUUUCUGAAAGCAAAAAAGACAGAGAGCAGAAGAUCAUGGACCUCAACGCCUUCUGGGUCCACGUGUCUGUCACGUGACUCUGAGAAUUUCCCUUUUGUUUCAGUCGUCGUCUUCCCUGAUCCUCUCUCUCUCUCUCUCUCUCUCUCUCUCUCUCUCUCUCUAUGUUUGUGUGUAUAUGGCUUACCAGCAGCAGCAACAGCAAGGAGGGGCUCAGCUGUUCAAUUCCCCGUUCGGGGACACGACGUUGACGAAGGUGUUCGUGGGGGGAUUGGCCUGGGAGACCCAGAGCGACACUCUACGGCGUCACUUCGAGCAGUUCGGCGACAUCUUUGAGGCUGUCGUUAUCACCGAUAAGAACACCGGCCGAUCCAAAGGCUAUGGCUUUGUCACAUUUCGUGAAUCUGAAUCUGCAAGAAGGGCUUGCUUGGAUCCCAAUCCUGUGAUCGAUGGCCGCAGAGCUAACUGCAAUCUUGCUUCUCUGGGUCGUCCCCGCCAACCUUUCCUUUUUCAUGGGCAAGUGAGAUCACCAGCUCCAAUCCUCGGGCGCGUGCAGCCGCAUAGAGCUGCUUACAUGGGGAGCCCCCACCCUGCUUACCACCACCCUAUUCCUCAUGGUUACCAGCCCGGGUUUGUGUACCCGUCUUAUGGGUACACAGGAUAUGGACCUGAAUUUGUCUACCCACAGGGUGCCUACAGUCCUUACAUGACUCAGCAGCAAUACCUUCAGAUAUAUGGGGUACCAGGCACAGUUAACCCUGGCGUAUAUUCAUAUGGACAAUUCGGUCAGUCACUCCCUGGAAACCAGGGAUAUGCAACAGUUCAAAACUAUGGAGUUCCAGGUCAUCAUGUAAUGCAAUUCAGUGGGGCCAAUGUCGGUGCAGCAUCCCCAGCUGCCAUUCCAACGAUUCAAACACCAUAUCCUGCAGGUAUAGUUGCACCAGCUCCAGGACAGACGCAGUAUAUGCUUCCUACUAAUUCUCCUCAAUUCACCAGUGGUUCCGAUCAAACUGCAGGUUGAGUGGUAAAUCAGAAAGGUCACUUCUGGAGGUAAUCCUUAUUGCAGCAGGACUAUGAGAAGCUACUGCUACCUAAGUGGCAGCCUCUAAAUCUAGCCUUGCAAGUUAUUAUCUUUACUUUCUAGAGGUGACACCUGUUUUCCCUUAUAAAGUACGAUUUUACUCGUAGCAUAGAAUCGUAGCUUAUGACAAAUUCCAAUUUAAAUCGAACCUCUGUGGGAAAUUUUUGCAUUGCAACACGGGUAGUUGUGUUUGGAAUAGAUAAUGAUGCUUUAGAACUGUUUGACCUGAGAUUCUUUUACUUUUAGCUUUAUUAUUACGUGAGCUUCUAUCGUAGUGCCAUUUCACCAUAUCCGUGAUGAGAGAUAGUGACACAUGUGUGUAUACACCCUCGAUUUCCCCCUUUUAUUUAUUUUUUGAAUCUAGCAACUUCCCAACUAUGUGGAAUUUUAGUCACAUCUGAAACAGGGCUUUUUUCUAUGACCAGGAAAUCAGGGAUCAAAGCACAUGGGACCGAAUACUAGUAUAUACAUACAUACAUACAUAUAUAUAUAUAUAGCAUUGUAUCAAGUCCCUCGUUUUUUAUUAAAUUUAUUUUCUGGUUUAUAAAUUCUUGUGAUGAUAUGUGAUAUGUUUAACUAAUGCAGGUCAUUCUUGGUGGUCAUCGGAGAUACUUCAAAGUCAGCUGUUAGAUGUUAAAGAGGGUG